CCCCUCUCCCUUUUCUACAGUUCCGUGAAAUAUUCAAGAUAUCUUACCAGAUCUCCGGAACAGGAUGACUACUACUUGUGAAAUGGCUCCGAGCCAGGUGUUUCGAUCUGGAGAAGUCGGAAGCCAUGGUCAGGAAGCAUGCUCAGGUGCGCAAGUAUAUGGAUUCUGACCACAUUAAGGAAUGGAAAGCCCCAGAGGUUAUCCGGAAGUACAUGGCUGGAGGUACCUGUGGCUUUGACCGGGAGGGCUGCCCGGUUCGCUACGAGAUCAUUGGGACCCUGGAUCCUAAAGGGUUGCUCUUCUCUGCUUCGAAACAGGACCUGCUCAGAAAUAAAUUUCAGGAUUGCGAGUUUUUGCGGGAGAUAUGCGACCAACAGACCAUGAAAAUGGGGACAAAAAUUGAGACUAUCGUAAUGAUUUAUGAUUUUGAAGGACUUGGCUUGAAGCAUCUUUGGAAACCAUCUGUUGAGAUUUACAUAGAGCUUCUUGCCAUGUUCGAAGACAACUUUCCCGAGUGCCUUAAACAUUUAUUUGUCAUUAAAGCGCCAAAAUUGUUCCCCGUAGCUUACAACCUGGUGAAGCACAUUCUGAGUGAAGAUACCCGGAGGAAGUUAAUUAUCCUGGGAGCAAAUUGGAAGGAAGACUUACACAAAUAUAUUGACCCCGCGGAGAUCCCCGUGAUCUAUGGGGGGACCCUCACGGACCCCGAUGGAAACCCCAAAUGCGAAUCCAAGAUCUGUUUCGGCGGCGACGUCCCCCCCAAAUACUAUGUGCGAAAUCAGCUGAAGCAACAGUACGAACGGUCGGUAAUGGUGAACCGGGGCUCAUCCCAGCAGCUGGAAUACGAGAUCCUUUUUCCGGGCUGCGUCUUGAGGUGGCAGUUUAUGUCCGAUGGGGCCGAUAUAGGCUUUGGCGUCUACCAGAAGACCAAGGUGGGGUCCCGCCAGCAUGCCGGGGAGAUGGCCGAGGUGUACCCCAACCAGCGCUACAACGCACAUCUGGUCCCUGAAGACGGCAGCCUCACCUGCCCAGACGCCGGGAUCUACGUCCUUCGCUUUGACAACACCUACAGCUACCUCCACGCCAAGAAAAUCAGCUACACGGUGGAGGUUUUACUCCCCGAUAAGAAAUCGGAAGAGACGUUCCAGGAGUUGGACGGACAGACUCAGAGGAUGGAGAACCACCACGCGUGAUGAAGAGGGCAUCUCCGGCGGGCCUCUUCUCAACCCCCCCCCUCGCUCCCUCAGCCGCCCGGGGUAGGGUGGUAGGAGUGGGGCACCAUCCUUCAAGGUCUCCUUGGGGGGGUGGAAUUGUCGCUUGGACAGUCAGGGGCUUUCAGGACAUCCAACGGACGGCAAAUCGAUCCCUGGAAGCCCAGAAAGGGGGUCCCCCGUGGCCCCUGCCCACCCAUCGGUUCCGGACGCAGGAGAGCUGUAGUAGUCAGGCUUAACGUGGGAAUCGGCUGCCUGCUCGCUGGUGUAGGGCUGCUCAAGGCAAUGUGGGUCUCCGGGCCUUUUUUGGUGGCUGAAUGCUUUUGACCCCGGAGGGGCCGUGGAGAUUCCCCCCCCUCAGAUCACAGCAAAGUCCACGGAAGCUUAGCAUUAGGGGGUCUGCUCAGUCCAAAGACAGUGGCCUUCUCUGCCCUCGGCUGAGGUACACUAUUCCUGUGCAGGGAGGCUCCGCUUCGAAAGUCAUUGGAAGACACUGUUCCUUAGGUACGGUUUUCUCCCUGGGAUCGAAAUCGGCAUGCUUCCAGCUAUGUUUAUCUGAAAAGUCGGCUCGCUUUUUCAUCUCUUUUUGAGGCGACCGUCUCUCAAAUCCCCUUUUGCGACAGAAAGCGCGUCAGAAAACGAGGAGCUUUGCUACUCACCGACUGCCUUAAACGAUCACCCAGCCUGCUUCAAUUCCUUUUCGCUACCGCCGCAAUUUUGACAGGGCUGUCAGCUUCCUACAGAGCCCAGAUCCAAAUUUACUGUUUUCUUGUUUUCGAUCGUUUUUUCCCUUUGCACGAAUGGAUGUUUUCCACCGCACCAGUUGGGGAGACAGCAGGAAAAAUUAGGAAGGGGGAAUAUGUCUCCCUUACUGACUCCUGUCCAGAGAAUUUUCUAUAAUGGAUAUUCUGAACGGUUGGCCAAAAUAAAAGAAAGAAAGAAAGAAAGGAAAGAAGGAA